AAGGAGAAAGAGCAACUGCCAAUUCUGAAGCUGGGAAACCCUAAAACCUAAACCCUUUUCCAGUUGCUGUUCUCUGUAGCAGUGCAGCCACAAUGAGAUUGGAGAAGUGUUGGUUUUGUUCCUCAACUGUAUAUCCUGGUCAUGGAAUCCAGUUCGUUCGUAAUGAUGCCAAGAUUUUUCGAUUUUGCAGGUCUAAAUGCCAUAAGAACUUUAAAAUGAAGAGGAACCCUCGUAAGGUCAAAUGGACCAAGGCAUAUCGAAGAGUGCAUGGAAAGGAUAUGACUCAGGAUUCAACGUUUGAAUUCGAGAGGAAGCGGAACAAACCUGAGAGAUAUGACAGGAACCUUGCUGAGAAUGUGCUUAAGGCCAUUCCUAAGAUUGAUAAGAUCAGAGUCACCAGAGAGGAGAGACACCAUAAGAAUAGGAUGAAGGGAAACAAGGUGAAGGUGCAGAAGGAGGCGACGAAGGAGUUGGAGCAGGGUAUCAGUUUGGUCAAAGCUCCUUUGGCCCUUCAGCAGGAUCCGUCUCUCACUUUACCAAAGAUCAAAGUCACGGUUUCCCAACAGCAAUCACAGCAGAAUCAACCUAUGGAAGAGUGAUUCCUUUGGCAAUGCUGGCCUUAUUUUGUUCCGGUUCUAUAUUUGCGGCUGGAUAAGUGGCCUUCUGAGGUCCAAAUUACUAGUGUUAGUUUACUUGAGAGAUGAUUCAUGUCAUGUUGUGAAUGAUAUGGUUUUGAAAGAGAGUUUUGGGGUGAGCUUUUUGUAAUGUAAACAUUGAAUGUGAUACAUUGUGAGAGAUAGUUAACUAUUAGAAAGCAUAUCAGAAUUGUGUGUCUGCAUGGGCAUAGCAUAUUCAAUCCAAGUUAAGAUUUAAGAA